AUGGAAUUGGACGGACUUUCUUCACCUGUAGCACCACGAUCAUCACUUCCCCCAAGCAGUGCCCCGCUACCCACAUUUUCUUCCAAUGGAACACCGAGGUCUGGAGGUACACCAAGAAGACCUGCGCAAGAUGCGUUGACAUUUGGUGACGAUGAAGCUGAAGAAGCAGGAGAGGACAACGAGGCUAUUGCUCAGCGCAGGAGACGUCCCAGGGGACAGCCUACGGGUGAAGUCCCACUAGUAAAAGAUGCAGUUGGGGAAAGUGUAUCGGAGAGCUUCGAAACCUUCCUCAAAACAUUUACAGAGGAGGUGGCACUUGCAUCAACUCCUGCUUCUGAUGGUGAUCUACCCGAGCUGGCUGAAGGCGAACUAAUAUACAUCCAACAAAUCCACACUAUGCGAGAAUACGAAAUCACCACCCUCUACGUCGAUUACAGCCAUUUGCUUCAAAAGGACGACGUGCUUGCAGAUGCCAUACAGAAGCAGUACUACAGAUUUCUGCCAUAUCUUCGCCGAGCUCUCCACAAUCUUGUCGCCGAAUUUGAGCCAGAAUAUCUCAAAAUCAACCCAACAGCAGCAACUACUGAUUCUGCUAACCUACAAUCUCGUGAAUUUAAUCUCGCUUUCUAUCACCUUCCUCUGGUGUCUAGGAUUCGUGACCUCAGGACCGAUAAAAUCGGUACAUUGAUGAGUAUCAGUGGCACGGUCACCCGAACAAGUGAAGUUCGACCAGAAUUGCUGUAUGGUAGCUUCAUUUGCGAAGUUUGUGGUGGGCUUGUGAAUGAAGUAGAGCAACAGUUCAAAUAUACCGAGCCGAGCCUAUGUCCAAAUCCAACGUGUGGAAAUCGUGUCGCCUGGCAGCUUCAAAUCGACACCUCCAAGUUUACCGAUUGGCAAAAGGUUCGAAUCCAGGAAAAUCCAUCAGAAAUACCGACAGGUUCUAUGCCACGAUCAUUGGAUGUUAUUCUCCGCUCAGAGCUUGUGGAAAGAGCCAAGGCUGGAGAUAAAUGUGUAUUCACAGGCACCUUUAUUGUUGUACCUGACGUCAGCCAGCUAGGCCUACCUGGCGGCAACAAAGCUGAACUUAUGAGAGAAGCAAAUAAAGGCGGCACUAGUGCAGGCACGGGGGGUGUUGGCGGAGGAGGUGUUACUGGUUUAAAGAGUCUAGGUGUGAGAGACCUUCAGUACAAAACAGCAUUUCUUGCAUGUAUGGUUCACGACGCGGAUGGAAGGGGUGGUACUAAUGUUCGAGGCGAGGAAGAAGAGGGCGAAGAAGACGGCCAAGCUUUCCUGAGGUCGUUGACGGAACCUGAGUUCGACGAGCUCAAGAGUAUGAUUGACUCAGAUCACAUCUACUCUCGAUUGGUGGAGAGUAUCGCACCGACCGUGUAUGGUCAUGAAAUUGUGAAGAAAGGACUUCUCCUACAACUUAUGGGAGGCGUACAUAAGCAAACUACGGAAGGCAUGCAUCUUCGUGGCGACAUCAAUAUUUGUAUUGUUGGCGACCCAUCCACAUCCAAAUCUCAAUUCCUCAAGUAUAUAUGUUCGUUCCUCCCUCGAGCUGUCUAUACUUCAGGGAAAGCAUCCUCUGCUGCUGGUCUUACAGCUGCCGUUGUGAAGGAUGAAGAGACAGGCGACUUCACCAUAGAAGCUGGUGCCCUGAUGUUGGCUGACAAUGGUAUCUGCGCCAUUGACGAAUUUGACAAAAUGGACAUCUCAGAUCAAGUUGCGAUCCACGAAGCUAUGGAACAGCAGACCAUCUCUAUUGCGAAGGCAGGAAUCCAUGCAACUUUGAAUGCUCGUACCUCAAUUCUUGCAGCUGCAAAUCCCGUCGGUGGGCGAUACGAUCGCAAGAGGACUUUGCGGGCGAAUGUAGCAAUGAGCGCCCCGAUCAUGAGUCGAUUUGACUUAUUCUUCGUAGUCCUGGACGAAUGCGAUGAGAAGAUAGAUUUGAACAUAGCACGGCACAUUGUUAAUGUUCACCGUUUUCAGGAUGACGCCAUUAAUCCCGAGUUCAGCACUGAAGCACUGCAGCGCUAUAUACGUUAUGCGAGAACAUUCAAUCCAAAGCUAACACCGGAGGCUGCUGACGUCCUUGUUGAAAAAUACCGCAUUUUACGGCAAGAUGACGCAACAGGUGCUGGAAGAAAUUCAUACCGUAUAACUGUCCGACAACUAGAAAGCAUGAUACGUCUUAGUGAGGCCAUUGCUCGUGCCAACUGCACAUCAGAGAUUACUCCCAUUUUCGUGCGAGAAGCUUAUACGCUUCUACGGCAGUCGAUCAUCCAUGUUGAACAAGAUGAUAUUGAUUUCGACGAGGAAGAAUUGGAGGGGGAACGAGCCAAUGAUAACCCUCAACGUACAACAGACACUGACAUAGAAGAAAGCCAAGAUAUCGAGAUGUCUGCCGCCGAGAUGGAAGCAAUGGACCAGAUAGAGCAAAGCUCCCUGGGACUGAAUGUCCCGACAAGUGACACUGCUGGACCUUCGUCGACGUCUCGAGCUGUAAGCUCGGCUGUAGACGAACACAUGGAAGCUCCUGCACCACCGAAGAGAAGAAUGGUAAUCACACAUGACAAGUACAUGUCGUUGCAAAGUCUUAUAGUGCUACACCUUUCCGCCACGGAACGGGAAACGGGCAGGGGUAUUGAUCGCGAUGAGUUGAUUGACUGGUAUCUGGAGUUGAAAGAGUCUGAGAUUCAAGACGUUGACGAGCUGGAAUACGAGAAGGAACUCAUUACCAAAAUGUUGAGGAAACUGGUCAAGGAUAAUUAUUUGAUUGAGGUUAGAGGAGACGUGCAAGAUUCAAUGCUUCCUUCGAUAGACGAAUCCAGUGCUCAAUCGUCUGGUCCUCAAGAGGGAGAAAAUAUCCGAGUGUAUUAUAUGGUACACCCUUCUGUUGACACAGAAGGCUCUUCAUCCUUGCCAUGAUCUCCUUCGUAUGGAUGUACUUUUUUGUUUGGUUUUGUUCCUCGAAGAUAUUCGCUGUCUUAUCAAAAUUCAAGCUAGACUAAAAAGUACCUAUGUCCUUCACCCGGGGGUUUUAUUGAGUCUUAUGCUUUGUUUGCCUAGUUCAAGUUGUACACUGUAAAAGCUUUCUGUCUUGUAUCUUUGUAACAUUGCUUUUAUUUUCUUCAAGAAUGGAAGUUCUGGAAGUUUUCGGG